GCAGAGCUGGGGGAAGCCAAAACUCGAAAUCUGCUGGCAAGGAAGAGAACGAAGGAAAAAAAAAAAAUGACAGGGAGGGGCAAUCCAGAGGGGGAGGAAAUAAAAAGAGAGAGAGGGAAAGACAAGCGUCAUUUAGGAACAGAGGUAGAGCGAAAGAAAGAACUCCAGGAUUUGAAACCAGCCCUACGGCACAGUAUUUUUAUAUCUUUUCUUUUCCCCAGUGGAGAUUCCUGUCUUGUCAUUUUACUGACAGACAAGCCACUACAGGCUCUUUCCCAGAAGUUGACCGAAGAAACUCAAGCACUGCUGUUUCUUCUCUCCCAAGUCCGGUGUGCCGCCUGGUAAUGGAUUGCUUUUCUCUGAGCCUCAAGAAUCUUCCUCUGAAUUUCUUCGGUAACUGCAAUGCUGCUAGCUUCAUCGCUUCUCGGGGACAAAAGAGGAAGACUUAACAUGUCUGAACAGCAGACGAGAGCAUUCACCGAUUUCUCCUGGGAAGCAUUAGAGACAGAUGCUUGACUGAGAGUUUCUGAUAUGUGAUGGAGAGUCCUGAAAGUGUUCGGGUUCAGAUGUUCAGAAAGCUUCCACCCUGGAGAGACCCCCCAGGUCUAGUCUGUGAACCCAGCUAGGAAACGCCGCUAGUAAAAAUGACUGAAGAGCCCAUAAAGGAGAUCCUGGGAACCCCAAAGUCUUCCAAGCCAGUGACAAUGGAGAAGAGCCCCAACAGGGAAGUGGUGGUCACCACGGUCCCCUUGGUCAGUGAGAUUCAGUUGACGGCUGCUACAGGGGGUGCCGAGCUCUCCUGUUACCGCUGCAUCAUCCCCUUUGCCGUGGUGGUCCUCAUCGCUGGCAUAGUGGUCACGGCUGUGGCUUACAGCUUCAAUUCCCAUGGCUCCAUCAUUUCUAUCUUGGGUCUGGUCCUUCUGUCGUCUGGACUUUUUUUGUUAGCCUCCAGUGCCUUAUGCUGGAAGGUGAGGCAGAGGAGCAAGAAAGCCAAGAGACGGGAGAGUCAGACGGCUCUUGUGGCAAAUCAGAGAAGCUUAUUUGCUUAGGACCAAAUGCGACCAAAUGGGAUACGUGGCCUGAAAGCCUUCCUUUCACUGUGUCAUCCAAUUCACCCAGAACUAGUGUGGGAGAGAAUGAACAGAGCAUUGGAGCAGACCAGAGGAAUGGGGGUGAAUUGAGGCUGGGAGGGUAGAGGGGGUUCUGUUUUGUGAGGAACCUACUUGUGUUUUCAUUAAUGACAAACUUAACUCUAAGGGCUAUUUCUAAGACUGAAAACUCAGCUUUUUUCUCUACAUUGAACAUUUGAGGGUCAUGGGAGGUGCACGGCAUUAGACAACACUCAUUUCACCUUGGAAAGGAGCCAAGGAAAGAUGAGAAAAUAAUCAGACAGUUCUGGCACACCAGCGACCUGCCUCAAACACACACACACACACACACACACACACACACACACACACACACUUUUGAGGAGUUGUAUCAUAAAAAUGUACUGUCGAGAGUCUAAAUCCCCUCAGACUUUGCAUACUUCUAUGAAAUUCUGUGAUAAUUUUUUUAAAUAAGUACUCUGGCAUCUAUUUUUUUUGCUUUUAAUAACGCAUCACUGGUGGUACUUUUUCUUGAAGAAUAAACUAAUAUUUUUUAUGUUUUAACAUUGGACAGUUUUAGAUGAUUAAUGAUGUGUCAGAAAUUAAACAAAAAGGUAAAAGGUGUAGCUACUAGAUGACAUGGGGGGUUAAAUUAAUAUUAAAAUAAUCCAACCUAGCACUUUUGAUGAUUUUUAUAUAAAGUUUAAUGUACAUUUCAUUCAAAAUAAUAAAUACUUAUUGCUGCUGAAACUUCUUAAA